CUUCGAUUCGUUACCACUCCAUCUUAUAAUCCCUUCUCUUCUAUCUUUGUUGUGAGUAGUUGUUAUUCUUGUUCGUCAUUUCUCUUCAAAAAAUACGCAUUCUUACUCAUGGAUACUUCGCUAAUAUUGGUAUCUCAAUCUCAAUUCUUUUCCAACAAAAGUCAUCUGAGAAUAACACCAAACCGAAUCGAUUCCGGUAAUAUUAGUGUCACUCAUAUUUCUCAUGAUCUAUUGAAAACCCGUCAUGGUUUCAAUAAGUCGUCAUUAUCGUUGAAACUGAAUCAUUUUGGUCUAUGGGAGAGUAAGAAUGGGAGUCAAGGGAGAACACCAUAUAUGCCAUCAAUAUCUCGUGCUGUCGUUGCCUCAGCUAGUAUCAACAAAAAUGAUGAUCAUAAGCAGAAACAAAUGACAUUUGUAGAGGAACUACGAUCUGUAGCAAUGAAUUUACAUGUAAAAGAUCCGUCAAGAAAAGGGGGAAAUAACGAAACAAUGGCCCAAAUUUUGAUGAAGGAGAAGCCUUCAUUAGAUGGGUAUGUUAAGUUUCUUGUUGAUAGCAAAGUUGUUUACGACGCACUUGAGAAAAUCAUCGACAGUGCAAAUUAUUCUUCUUAUGCAGAGCUGAGAAAUACAGGGUUAGAAAGGUCAGGAGCUUUAGCUAAAGAUUUGGAGUGGUUGAGAGAAGAGAUGGGAAUUCGAAUCCCAUCACCGACUACAUCUGGGAUUUCAUAUGCGUCCUAUCUAGAGGAAAUAGCAGUGAAGAAUCCUAAAGCAAUCAUUUGCCAUUUCUAUGAUAUUUAUUUUGGGCUCGCAGCCGGUGGUCGAAUGCUUGGUAAAAGGGUUCAGGCAUAUGAGAAGAUACUUGAGAACAAGGAGUUGGAAUUCUACAAGUGGAAUAAUGGGGAGCUUUGUCAACUACUACAUAAUGCUAGAGAGAAGCUAAACAAAGUCGCUCAAGUAAAUAAAAAUCUUUCCUUAAUAUUAUUCUUUAUAGAAACAGCAGGUUACGAAUUUACUAUUGAUAUAUUAUCUUUCAUGUGUAACGUUCCUGAAUCAGAGCUGGACUAGGGAAGAGAAAGAUCGGUGUUUGGCAGAAACUGAAAUAUCAUUCAAGUACUCUGAAGACAUGAUAAAACUUAUAAUAUCUUGAAAUAAUUAUGCAUUAUCGAUUGAUGAAUCCAAAGUUAGUCUUAUGUUCUGCGAUACUAUGGAAUCUUGUUUAACUAUUCCAUAAUAAACAAACUUGUAAAAUAUUCUGUACAUGUAAUGUUCCUCUAUAUGUUCAAGAAUAUGACAAGUCAUAAUAUUUCCAAUUAAAUUAAUGAAAUUAUUCUUUGUAUUUUUA